GUAUAAUUUAUGACAAUGAACUGGGAAUAUCUGGAGAAGCUUUGAUGAGACGAUUCGAUGAGUUGAGUGCCAAAAUGGAAUAUUAUGCUGAUUAUCCGAUCAGAAAUUUUUCUCUGCCAAGCCCACCUGCAUUAAACAUAACUGUAAAUGAAUUUACAGUUGGUCAAG